UUCCUUGAACACUUAGCGGCACAGCCACAGAGCACCACAGGAUGGCCACUUCCUGGCUACUCUGUGCUCACCCAUGUCGCCUCCACCUGGUCGUAAGCCGGGAUUGAGCCGCUGCCCGACACCGAAGGGAUCCGGGAGUUGAGGGCGGGAGGGAAUUGGAAACUACUGGCGGGAGACGCGGAAGCAGGGCGGUGGGGAGCCGAACCUUGGAGGAGGGCCCUCUGAGAGACUCCCUCCCGCCGCCAGGCAUCGCAGGCAGAGCUUUCACACACCUGAAAGAAGAGAAUGUCAAGACGCAGUAGCCGUUUACAAGCUAAGCAGCAGCAGCAACCCCAGCCCAGCCAGACGGAUUCCCCUCCAGAAGCCCAGAUAAUUCAGGCCAAGAAGAGAAAAACAGCCCAGGAUGUCAAAAAAAGAAAAGAGGAGGUCACCAAGAGACAUCAGUAUGAGAUUAGGAAUUGUUGGCCACCUGUAUUAUCUGGAGGGAUCAGUCCUUGUAUAAUCAUUGAAACACCCCACAAAGAAAUAGGAACAAGUGACUUCUCCAGAUUUACAAAUUACAGAUUUAAAAAUCUUUUUAUUAAUCCUUCACCUUUGCCUGAUUUAAGUUGGGGAUGCUCAAAUGAUGUUUGGCUAAACAUGCUAAAAAAAGAGACUAGAUAUGUUCAUGACAAACAUUUUGAAGUUCUGCAUUCUGACCUGGAACCACAGAUGAGGUCAAUACUUCUAGACUGGCUUUUAGAGGUAUGUGAAGUAUACACACUUCAUAGAGAAACAUUUUACCUCGCACAAGACUUUUUUGACAGAUUUAUGUUGACACAAAAGGAUAUAAAUAAAAAUAUGCUUCAGCUCAUUGGAAUUACCUCAUUAUUCAUUGCUUCCAAACUUGAGGAAAUCUAUGCUCCUAAGCUCCAAGAGUUUGCUUAUGUCACUGAUGGUGCCUGCAGUGAAGAGGAUAUCUUAAGAAUGGAACUUAUUAUAUUAAAGGCUUUAAAAUGGGAACUCUGUCCUGUAACAGUCAUCUCCUGGCUAAAUCUCUUCCUCCAAGUUGAUGCUCUUAAAGAUGCUCCUAAAGUUCUUCUACCUCAGUAUUCUCAGGAAAAGUUCAUUCAAAUAGCUCAGCUUCUAGAUCUGUGUAUUCUAGCCAUCGACUCAUUAGAAUUCCAGUACAGAAUCCUGGCUGCCGCUGCCUUGUGCCAUUUUACCUCUAUUGAAGUGGUUAAGAAAGCCUCAGGUUUGGAAUGGGACAACAUUUCUGAAUGUGUAGACUGGAUGGUGCCUUUUGCCAGUGUAGUAAAAAGUACUAAUCCUGUGAAGCUGAAGAUUUUUAAGAAGAUUUCUAUGGAAGACAGACACAAUAUCCAGACACAUACAAAUUAUCUGGCUAUGCUGGAUGAAGUAAAUUAUGUAAACACCUUUCAAAAGGGGGGACAGUUGUCACCAGUGUGCAGUGGAGGCAUUAUGACACCACCGAAGAGCACUGAAAAACCACCAGGAAAAUACUAACGAAGGUUAAACUAAGCAAACAAGUUGGAAUUGACCAUUGGUAGAAUUUCCUAGAACUGAACUACUAAAGUUUUCAGGAAAAUAGUGCUAUGACUGUCCUAGCCAAUUCAGAAGUUUCACUGCCAUUCUUCGAUUUUAAAAAACCACUUAAAAUUGGCAUUAAGGAAGAAAUUCCUACAUUAGCUGUUUAAACAGCGGGACUUGUUUACAAAGAUGACUUCAUUCCCAAGGUGACUGGAUAGAAGAUAGCCACGCUUUAUGCCAUAAUUUUUUUUCUGAUCCAGUAUUACUGUGUUACCUUGAUAAACUAAGAAUUUUAUCAUUGGAGUUUUAGACUAGGUAAGUGCCACCUUAAAGGCGACAUUGAGUAAUACAAUACUUUGAAUCUAGUUUUUAGAUUCUCAAAAUUCAUAUUGUCUUGACUAGUGCAAUUUGGUUUUUGAAAAUAAAAUUUAAACUUGUUUACAAAGAUUUAGUUUUGUAAUAAGGUGACUAAUUUAUCUACAGCUGCUGUAGCAAGCUAUUAUAAAACUUGAAUUUUUACAAAAGGUGAACUUUAAUCUGUUUUUUAUUUCAUCUGCCUUGCCAUAACAUUUUUUAACCAGUAAGGCUUAAAUGAACAUGGUGUUUAAACUGUGGUCUAAACAGGGGGAAUACCAAAGAAAUUUUAAACAAGAUAAAUGUGUAGCUCCUACUUUGGGCUUUGACACAGAGGUUGCUUUAUAAUGACUUUUUGUACAUCACAAUUUAAGUGAAAAAGUACACUUUCAACCUAUUUAUAUGAGAAAGUCACUUUACUAACUCCAAGACAUCCCUAAGGAUUUUUUCUUAAUUUAGUGUGACUAAGACUUUAUUUAUGUUUGCAAAACUGUUAAGGUCGUUUUUAAAUUCCUACACUGAGUUAAGGACAAAGUGAUAAAGCUUAACACUUGGCCUAAACUUCUGUUUUCAUAAGGCAGAAAAAGUAGUAAAUGUAUACUGACUCCUAGAUUAUUUAUUAAAAACAAGACAAAACCCUGACAUAAGAACUUGCUGUGUAUAGACUAGCUACUUCUACAUAUUUUAGUUUGUUUUUAAUGAAAUUUCAACCUCGAAAGUGGGUCUAGUUAGAAAACAAAGCAUACCAGAUUGCUAGUUUAUUCUCUUACUGGAUACAUGAAUCUCUUCUUUUGAAGAAAUUAUAAAUUUAAGCUGUGGUUAUCGUAUGAAGUCUUCUGUACAGUUUUUGUUUUUAAAUUGUUUCAGUAUUUUG